AUGACGCCGCACUUCCCGGCGGCGGCCGCCGGGUCGCCGCCCCCUGCGAUCCCCUGCUCGCUCCUCCUGCCGCUGCCCUCCGCCUGCCGCUCGUGCUCGCGGCACGUCCCCGGCCCGCCCGGCGGCGCCGCGGCGGGACGCGGCGGCAGCUCCAGCCGGGUGGAGCCUUCUGCACUCCCGCAGGGCGAGAUGCGGCAACUAGUGCCACCACAGGUGGCUUGCGGCCGAAAUGAAAGGCGCGGUAUCACUACCAACGGCAGCGCGCGAUCCCCCAACUCCCUGCGCCGCCGCCUCUCCGCCUCACUUGCCGCAGCCGCCGCCGCCGCGGACGCGCGCAGCAAAGCCACCGGCGGCAGCAGCCCCCGACCACGCGCGACCAGCCAGCAGCUGCCGCCGGCGGCGCCGCCGCCCGCGCUCGCCUGCGCCGCGGGCGCCGCCGACGAGCCCGCUAGCGGCGCGGGGGCGCCACGUCCUGUGGGGGCGGACGACCCGAAUGGCGCCGCUGCUGGGGCGCAGGCAGGGCCCCAGUCCUGCACGCUCAAUGCCUGCUGA